AUAUCCAAAAUUUCUGCCCAGCCCGCCGAGGGGGAAGGGUUUUGGAAAGUGGAAACCCUACAUAAACCCCAAACCCAGACCCUUGAGUUCUAUGUUCUCUAUUGUACAGACUCUUUCUCUCCCUCUCUGCUGAGAUGUCUAGCAAGGGACCUGGACUCUUCUCGGCCAUAGGCCAGAAAUCUAGAGAUCUUCUCGACAAGGAUUUUACCUCUGAACAGAGGAUUACCGUUACCUCCUCCAGCGGUAAUGUCCUGGACUUGAACUCCACUUUGGUGAAGAAAGGACGACUGCCCUCUGGGGAUGUGGUAGCAAAAUUUAGGUGCAAUGAUAGCACAAUUGAUGUCAAAGUUGAUACUGAAUCUAAGGUUUUGACAACAGUCACAGUACCAGAUAUUGUGCAUUCUACAAAAACCAUAGCUUCAAUCCAACUACCUGAUUACAGCUCAAGCAAGUUAGAAGUUCAGUAUCUUCAUGAUCACGUGGCUUUUACAACCGCUGUUGGUCUAAGCCAAUCCCCUGCUGUUGAUUUUUCUGCAACAAUUGGAACACCCAGCAUUGCCUUUGGAGCCGAAAUGAGCUUCUUGCCUGCUACUGGAAAGUUUGCAAAGUACAACGCUGGGGUGAGCUUGACGAAGCCUAAUUCCAAUGCUUCAGUAAUUCUUGCUGACAAAGGAGACUCCUUGAGGGCAUCGUACUUGCAUCAUCUUGAUCAUUUAAAUGGGGGAGCUGCUGUAGGAGAGAUUAGCAGAAGAUUUUCUACAAACGAGAACACGUUGACAGUUGGAUGUUCCUAUAUAAUCAAUGGUCAGACGUUCGUUAAGGCAAAGCUGAACAACCACGGCAAUCUUACGGCUCUUUUGCAGCACGAGGUUAUUCCCAAAUCAUUCUUGACAAUCUCUGGUGCCUUUCAAACCCAAGCUUUGGAGAGGAGUCCCAAGUUUGGCUUAGCACUGGCUCUCAAGCCUUGAAACAGUUAUACGGAUUCAUAAAUAGCUAUAAUACUUAAACGUUAUUCUCACAUCUCUCUUGAAUUAAUUAAGAUGAUAAUUAGAAAGUGUAGGAAAUUUAGAAUGUAAUGUCUUUGCUUCCUAUUAUUUUCAAUUGAUUUAUUCAAAGUUGGUACUUGAAAGGUUUCUCUUAAUGGAUUUACGCUAUUGAUAGCGUGAUUUAAAAUCUAUUGGAAAAGGAAAUGCGAUCGAUUAUAUA